GUUACUGUGAUUUAUAGACAUUCAACACAACACCUAGCUAAUAGUCUUUUGGUCGCACACACCCCUGGCGAUGCCGCCCAGACUUGGCGCACAGCAGGCUCCGGUUGAGGCAGCGGAGAUUACGAGGCUGAAAGCUGAGCUUCAAACGCUCUCUAGGACCCGUGCUACUCAAGACGUGUCUGGGCGAUACUCUCGGCUGCAUUCUGCGGCGACUCUCGCCGAGGAUGCCAAGCUAGAUGGCAGCCAGCAGGCAAGCGUACUGGCGUUGCUCGCUGCCGCUUAUGGUGCAGUCGGGCGGAGCAUUGUCGGCACCGCUGGCGCCAACUUGCGGGUGUGGGCAUUCCUCGGCACCAAAAUUCGUGAGCGCUGCAACUCGCAGCUGGUCCUGGCCCUGCUGCGCUCGGAUACUCUCAGCCUUAUCGCACAGAUCUGCUCAGCACUGGGCACGGCCGAUGGCGGCGAUGCUGUAGGUCCCUCCACCAGCAGCAGCAGUGCCAUCCCGCGCAGUGCACAGGUGGUCAUCGUCGGGCAGGUCUCUUACAUGCUCUACAGCAUCGUGGGCACAACAGACGGGAACCAGCACGCAGCGCUAUCCGAUCUAGUCACCGCGCUCGGGCGCAGCCAGCUUUUGGAGCAUCUCACCGGGGCCAUCCUGCGCCUGGCGGCAGUGCUGCCACCGGGCGUGCGCGGCAGCGGCGACCCGGACGCCGCUUUGGUUCGUCUCCACAGUGCAGGCCAGGAGCCAUCAGCGGCGUUUGAUGCGGAGGCGGACUGGGCUUGCCUGUGCCUGGCGGUCCGCGCAGUGUGCCAGUCAGUGGUAACGCUAGUGUAUCCCAACAACUUGGCUGUUGAAUUUAGCAGCCUUGCGCCUGUGCCGCACCCGGUCUAUGUGGCGACGGAUCUGGAGGAUGUGGUACAUGUGUCCCAGCUGCGUUCGCUGUUGUCCGGGCGAUGCGUGCAGUGGUUCCUGGUAUGGGCGCUGCAGGCCGCGUGCCUGGGGGCGGCAGCUGCGGCGGCUCCUGCUGCGGCGGCUCCGGGCGCAGCCGCAGCGGCAGCAGCGGGGCCCGGUCCCUCCGGCCCCGACGCGCCACAGCAGGAGGUGCCGCGGAUCCUGCCCCUCCGUCUUCCACCAGCGCCAGCGGCUCUCCCGGCAGCUGGCACGCCUGUCGCCGCUUGUGCCCUUGUGGAAACGGCCGUGAUGCUGGUCUGGCAGAUGACUGUGAGCGGGCCCGGGCACCUGCCAAUCGUGCAGCCGCCUGUCGGCUACAGGCCGGCGGCGGCCCCGGUGCAGCAUGCAUCCGGUGCGGCUGCUGCCGGUGCUGGUGCGACUGCCGCUGCGACUUCUGCGAACGCUGGUGCCGGCGGCUCAGGGCGGGCGGUAUCGCACGGGGUCCCCAACAACGCCGUUGCAGUGUACGACUUGAUCAAAGCGGACUGGCCUGGAUUUUACGGCAUGGGCAGCGGCGUUAGUGGUACCGGUGACGGUGGAGGCGCCGGUGACGGCACACGUGUGUAUAUGUCAGCAGCGGCACCGCUGCUGUGCCGGCUGGUGACGGAGCUGCUGCCGCGCCAGGCGGCGGCGCGGCUGCCAGGGCUGUGGCGGGAGGUGCUGGUUCCGGGUGUGUGCAACCAUGCUACAGGAUUCCACGGCCCCCGUGUGGGCGAGCUGCUCCGGCUGCAGGUGCCCGCACUGCCCCUGGCGGCUGGCGCGCCGCCGCCGUCAGCAGGGGCCAGCAGCUACAGCACCUACAGCCUGCGCUGCGCACUGGACGCGGGGCUGCUGCCGGCGUUGGAGCGGGCGCUGCGCAACGAGCAGGCGUGGGCGAUAGGCGUCCCACAUGUCAGUGACCUCAGCAAUGGGCCUGGUCGUGCCAGUAGCACGGGCCCACAACCCGGCGUCGGCAAUGCCUUCCACAUGCUGCGUGAAAUAAACGGUAGCUUGCGCAAUUCGGGCUUGUGGCCCGCGGCGCUCGCGCGCGCGCCGCCGGAGCAGGUGGUCGGGCUAGUAGCGACGCUGACGGCGGCGGCGCGACGGCUUUCCCAGCGGCCGCCGGUUUUGCUAGGUGUCGGGCCACUAGUGGGGUGCCUGAACAAGAUGAUGCCGUGCCAGGAAGACGCAAUGGGGCUGCUGUGUGGCAACCUUGCAGCGCUGUUGGAGCAGGGGCUAGACCUGGCGGAGGAUGCGGCAUCGGAGGGCUGGGCGGCAAUGGCAUGUGCGGCGCGGGAGGAAGCGACGGUGUCGGUUGCAGGGGCUCCGGCGGGCUCCAGCGGCCACAGCCACAGGCGCCGCUACCUGCGGCUGAACGACGCGCUAGAGGCUCCGGAGUCCGCGCCCAUGCAGUGGGCGUGGCUGGUGGCUGCUGGCGGCACGCCGCCGGCUGGGUCGGCGGCGGCGGCCCAGCGCGACUGGCUGUUGUCCUUCGCGGCGCUGCAGUGGCUGCCGCUGCUGCUGGAGGAUUUAGGCGCCACUGUCCAUGAAAUUGUGAAACGGGAGGAAAGAGCCGCAGACGGAAAGGCUGUGGUCUUGAGCGCCAUCGGCUUGGAGACGGCGGUGGUGGUGCUGCGGGUGGCAGGCGAGGUGCUGGCGGCAGCCGCGCUGGCGCAGGCAGAUGCGGCAGAAACGGCACAACGAGUUACAGAUGACGCCAGCGGCAGUACGGGGCAGGCGGCGGCGGGCAUGGCGGGAGCUGGCCAGGCGCAGCAGCGGCAGCAGCAUCUCGAGUCCUGGCGGCCAUUCAUACUCGGGCUGGUGGACGGCGGGUACCUGCGGCAGCUAGUUGGCUACAUGGCAACACACACGGAGGAGUGGGUCGGCGUCAGUAGCAGCAUUAGCAAUGACAGCACCGGCGACGGCACGCGCUGCGGUGGCGCGGACAAUGCGGAUGCUGAUGCUGUCAGCGGUGCUGGCCUGGAGGGCUGCGUAUUGGAUGCGCUGGAGGCCUUCUGGGCGCACCGGCCAAUGGCAGUUGUGGGCCUCAUGCUGGUAGGGGCCCAUGAUCAGGGCGACUGCACCAGCAGGCUUUGUGACCGGAGCGACAGCGUUGGCAACACAGACAGCAGCUGCAGCAACGGCAGCAGCAGCAGGAGCAGCAGCCCAGCACCGGCCCAUCAGGUGGUGGUGGACCAGGAUCUAUGGGGUCUGCGACCGUUGCGGGAGGUGGCGGCGCGACAUGGGCGGUCGGAGCUGGUGCAGCUGAUGGAUGCUGCGAGUGCGGAUGUUGCUGUUGCCUUGGAUAUGGCAGACGCAGCGGUGGCAGGUCGCGAGGCAAGUGUGGGACUACCGGAUGUGUCCUUCAGCCAGCAGGUGAAGCAGCUGCAGCUGAGGCUGCGGCGCCGUUACGGUGGCGCGGCAGAGGGCGGAGGAGGUGCUGACGGCGCUGACUACGGCGCCACCGGCCGCCACCUGCGCCGUGCCUGGCGGCUGCUGUCGCCGUACGAGGUACGGCAGCAGGUGGAGGCCGCACUGGCGACGGCGGCGGCGGCUGUAGUACCUGCGGCGGCCACCAGCAGCGCCGGGGCGGCCAGCGGCUCGGGUGGCGGCGGCGCGGCAUCAGUGGCCGCGGCGGCUGCGGUUGCGCCUGCAGCCCUGUGCGCCAACCCCAGCUGCAGCAGCCUGGACGGCCCGAGCGCGCUGGUGCCUCCGCGCGGCGGCAAGACGUGUUCACGGUGCCGUGCGGCCCGCUACUGCUGCGGCUUGUGCCAGCUGCAGCACUGGCGCGAGGGAGGCCACGCCACGCAAUGCCCGGGCGUGGUCGCGGCGACUGCGGCCGCGGGCUCGGCUGUGGCCUGUGGCAUUGCAUGGAUCCGUUCCUAGCGUGGUGUGAAUUGGGGCUAGUUGCUGAGGAACGUGCGUGCAUGGAGCGUCGAACAGGAGCAAGGAUAUUAGGAUGCCUUGCGGAUGCCUUCUGCUGGCGGGGCGGUCUGUGUCAUGAUGUGAGCACUGCGAGUGUGUCAUUAAGAUGCAUACUGUCUGGUACUAUGUGCAUGCUUGUGAGUGAUAGGAAUUGCCCCAACACGCUUGGGCUAUUGCUGGUCCGGAGUGUCAGGGGUGCGGCAAACCGAAGAGGCAGCCAUUACUCAGUAGGCCAGUGCCCCCGUACAGUGCAGCAGAAGUAGAAGGGACACGUUGAGAGGAAGCGGAGGCCGGAGGGGCGGAGUCAGCGACGGAGUGUCUGGACGGCGGCGUAUCGUGCUGUGGCUGAAGAGAAGAAAUGAGGAAUGGCUCUUGCGUGUGAUGGCACCAGCGGCAGAGCGCUGUGGUGCUGUGCCGGUGCCGGUGUUGUAGCGCAGCAGUAAGCUGGGGCGGCGGUGAGGGCUCGUGCCCUGUGGGGGUUGUGGCCUUGUGGGGUUGCAGGGCCAGGUGCGGGUCCAGCAUGGCUGUGCGAUGGGACAGUGGUAUGGCAAGUUGGCGAAGUCCCGUAGGGUGCAGCUGAUUCCCAGAACCCAGCAGAUGGCAAGCAAUUUGCAACGGCAGGGCAGGAGUGCGCGGUCGGUCGAACGCCGGAGUCGCGGUACCGACAAGUUGCUGGCUGGCUACACGUUUGCUGACGCGCAUUCCUCACGCUCCGGGCGCCCGGCCAGGCGAUAGAACACACAGACACCGCAACGCCACACUCGCGAGGCAGAGCCGCAUCGCACCUGCAGGAAAGUGACCAGCGUCCACGGAUAAGCACCAGAGGCAACCGCAGAGAAAAUGCAGACAGAAUGCAGCAAAGCAAUGGCAGGGCGACAGUGGGGCAAGCAGGGGCGAAGCCAGGGCGAGGCAAGGCAGAAGACGGAGCCCGAAUGUGCGGAUGAUGAGUGGCGGGCGUGUCGAAUGCAAUUGCGACUUUGCGAGACGAACACAACCGGAGUGUGAGGAAGCGCCGCGGGGUGGAGGUCCCAGCAUGGCGCAGCGUAGUAGAUAUGUGUGUAUGUGUGAUGCACCGGAAAGCCGGACAGCUCAAGGGAACCGGCUGCACCCGAGUCUGCGUGUGAACAGCCCAUGCCCCCAUGCCCCAUACAUAUAAGCCAGCUUGCCCCAGCCCGGUCGUUGGGUGCUCGGGACCAGCAGAAGCCAAUGCUUAUGGCGAAAUCCAGCGCCGAGCCGCGCGAGCACACGAGCAGCUUAACGAGCGCGGACGGGGACAUUGACAUGCUUGAAAAAAACGCACCGCUAAAACCACAGUGCGGACUGUGCGGCUCGUUAUGAGCAGGUGCCGGCGCUGCUGGUGUGUGGCCAUGUAGCUAGGCGCCCCCGAGCCCCUGGCCCUUCAGGUACCCGUAGAUGGUGUCGUGGCCGCCCCCGAGCCCCUAGCCCUUGAGCUACCCGCAGAUGGCGUCGUGGGCACUGGCACUGGCGUCUGGCGGGCGCGUGACGUGCAUGAGGGACUGAGGGAGGGAGUGCGAUGGCACAGUGGUAAGGCAGGUUGGUAAAGUCCCGUAGGGUGCAGCUGAUUCCCAGAACCCAACAGAUGGUACACAAUUGGCAACGGCAGGGCAGGAGUGCGCGGCUGGUCGAACGCCGGAGUUACUGUACCGGCGAGUUGCUGGACUGAGGGAGGGAGACUGGACGAGGCGCAGGGGCCUGGCCUGGGCGAACUGGGGUCUGGGGGCAUGCGCGCUGUCUGCUGGCUGGUCCCGAAGCGCACGGUAACCGACACGAGCUGUAAUACCGUUGCAAG